AUGUCUAAGCAGGAGUGGACAAGGGCACUACCAAAGUUAAGGGGUCGCCUUGACGGAGAAAUUGAGAGCAUAUUAAAGUUCAGUUAUGAUGCUUUAUGCGAUGAAAAUAAAGAACUAUUCCUUCACAUAGCUUGUUCUUUCAAUAAAAGAAAUAUGGAAAAAGUGGAAGAGUAUCUUGCAGAGAGUCCCAUAGAUGUGAGGCAAGGGCUUCAUGCUUUAGCUGAAAAAUCUCUUAUAUCUAUUGUCCAAGGGUUUAUAGAGAUGCAUAAGUUGCUGGUCCAAUUGGGUGAAGAAAUCGUCCGUAAACAAUCUGUUCAUGAGCCUGGACGACGACAGUUUUUAGAUGAUGGUAAAGAUAUUUGUCAAACCAGCGCCGAGUUAAGCUUACUUGAGAGAUGCUUUGAAGGGAUGCCUAAUCUCCGGUUUUUAAGAUUUGGAGGUCAUUUCGAUCCUCUAAACACCUUUUCUUUGCCGGGACAUCUGAAUUAUAUAUCUCCGAAACUUCGGUUACUACAUUGGGAGUAUUUUCCAUUGACAUGUUUGUCUUUUAUUGUUAAUCCGGAGCUUCUUGUCGAAUUAAGUAUGGGUCACAGCAAGCUAGAGACAUUGUGGGAUGGAAUUAAACUACUUCGAAAUCUCAAGUGGAUGGAUUUUAGUUAUUCAGGAAACCUUAAGGAGCUUCCUAAUCUCUCAACUGCCACUAAUCUCAAGGAAUUAAUUCUCCAGGAAUGCACAAGUCUGGUGAAACUCCCUUUCUCUAUUGGAAAUGCAACUAACCUUCAGAAACUAAAUCUUGUUGGAUGUACAAGUCUUGUUGGAUGUACAAGUCUUGUGGAGCUUCCUUCCUCUAUCGGGAAUGCGACUAAUCUCCAAAAAUUGGUUCUCACUAGAUGCACAAGUCUGGUCGAGCUUCCUUCCUCUAUUGGAAAUGCCACUAAUCUCCAAAAACUGGUUCUCAUUGGAUGCACAAGUCUAGUGGAGCUCCCUUCCUCUAUUGGGGAUGCAACCAAUCUUCAGAAAUUAUACCUCACUAAAUGCACAAGUCUGGUGAAGCUCCCUUUCUCUAUUGGGAAUACAACUAACCUUCAGAGAUUAAAUCUCGCUGGAUGUACAAGUCUGGUGGAGCUCCCUUCCUCCAUUGGUAAUGCAACUAAUCUUCAAAGCUUAGAUCUCACUAAAUGUACAAGUCUGGUGAAGCUCCCUUUAUCUAUUGGGAAUGCAACUAACCUUCAGAAACUAGAUCUCACUGGGUGGACAAGUUUGGUUGAGCUCCCUUCCUCUAUUGGUAAUGCAACUAAUCUUCAACAGUUGGAUCUUGGAGAUUUCUCAAAUCUGGUGGAUGUACCUUUAUCUAUAGAGAAUGCCACUUAUCUCAAGAAAAUAAACCUUAGCGGAUGCACAAGUUUGGCAGAGCUCCCUUCCUUUAUUGGGAGUGUAAUGAAUAUCCAAAAGCUAGAUCUUAGAGGAUGCACAAGUUUGGUGGAGCUCCCUUCCUCUAUUGGUAGUGCAACUAAUCUUCAAAUAUUGAAUCUUAGAGAUUGCUCAAAUCUGGUGAAGAUCCCUUCCUCUAUAGGAAAUGCCACUAAUCUCAAAACCUUAAUCCUCAGUGGAUGCACAAAUUUGGCAGAGCUCCCUUCCUCUAUUGGGAAUGCAACUAGUCUCCAACUUUUGAACCUCAGUCAUUGCUCAAGUCUUGUUGUGCUCCCUUCCUCUGUUGGGAACCUUCAUAAAUUGUCCAAGUUGAAUUUGCAUGGAUGCUUUAGACUAGAGGUUCUUCCUACCAAAAUCAACUUGGAAUCUCUCAUCACACUUGAUCUCACUGACUGCUGCUUGUUAACAAGUUUUCCUGAGAUUUCCACAAACAUCCAACACCUGUUUCUCAAAGGAACCUCGAUAGAAGAGGUUCCUUGGUCGAUCAGGUCAUGGUCUCGUCUUAAAGAAUUGCAUAUGUCAUACUCUGAAAACCUCAAGGACUUGCCGCAUGCUCUUGACAGCAUCACAUAUCUACAGCUGACUAAAAAAGAAAUACAAGAGCUUGGUCCAUGGAUCAAGAGAUUCCGUCGUCUACGUGGACUUGUAUUAAACGACAUGCAGAAGCUGGUAUCACUCCCGGAGCUUCCGGAUUCUCUAAUGUUCCUAGAUGCAGAAAACUGUGAGUCCCUGGAGAGACUAGAUUGCUCCUUUCGCAAUCCAGAUACUCGUCUCAACUUCCUCAACUGCUUCAAACUAAAUCAAGAAGCCAGAGAUCUCAUCAGCCAGACAUCAAACCGUGAAGUUGCUGCCUUACCUGGCAGAUUAGUGCCUGCGUGCUUCACUUACCGAGCUUCUGGGAGUUCUGUAACAGUGAAGUUGAGUGGAACAUCAACCAAAUUCAGGGCAUGCAUCCGAUUGGUUAACAUGGGUGUUUGGGAAGAAGUAACUCUCUAUUGUAACGUCAUGUCCAAUCAGAAUGCUCUCAAAACUUGUACAACACGUAAACAUAUCCCAGAACCAGUUUGUUCGGAGCAUCUCUACAUAUUCGACUUUGAAGAAGAGGAGGUGACUUCCACUGAGAUUAUCUUUGAGUUCAAGCUCACUGCCCCUCACAUAGAAACCAUCAAUGAUAUCUGGGAGAUAAAAGAAUGCGGGAUACUCCAACUCUUGGAUCAUCAUCUUGAUGAAGAUUCUGGAUCUGUAGACCAAGAAACCUGUGAAGAUUCUGGAUCUUUAGAUUUGACCUCGAGGGUAACAAAACGACCUCGGCUUUGCUAA